GGAUAGCAAUGAAAAAACCAACAUUCAAAGAUCUUAUUUGUGAUAGACAACGCGUUUGCAUUGCAUUUUCUGCAAUGGCAGUAACUCAAGAUACAUACAAAUACUGCAUUUUAGGUGAUCUUGAAGAGAUAUUUGGGUUUAAAGAGUCACGUUUUAUUAUUGAUUCUAUACUGAAAAUUCUGAAUCCGUUCUUGUUUGAUAAUACUGGUGUUAACGUAAAGAAUCAUGGUGGAGAAGCUAAAAAUAAUGAAUUUAUUCAUACAUAUCAAAAUUCUGGAAAGAAAAUAAAGAUUCAUUACGAACAAGAUAGCAUUUUUUUAGAGGUGAAGGAAAAAGCUGAGAUUAAUGGGAAUAUUAUGAAAUUAUGUAAAAGCAUAAAAUUCUGCAAAUGA